CUUUGCUACAGCUACGGGAAGUUUUAACGGAAAGUUGUUACGGAGAUGAGGUGGAGACUUAGCAUUCAUCAUGAUUUUGGGCCCGCUGCUAAAAUCAGAGAGCGAGAAUCAAUGAGAUUAGAACACCUCAUCCCGUAACCUCCGUCUGUAGGCUGAGCCCCGUAAGUCUAGCAUUUUUGCGUGAACCGCUACAGAGCGAACCAACUAAUGGCCCCGAUUCCCAUCCUGAGCUGCCUCUGUGGCGCACUGCUUCUGCUCGUGUUCGUGGUUGCCGCUGUCGUUGUCGACGCCACGGCGCCCUCCCUGUCCCUGGCCGCCAGGCACGAGCGGUGGAUGGCCAAGUUCGGGCGCGCCUACACGGACGCCGACGAGAAAUCGCGCCGGCGGGAGGUGUUCGCCGCCAACGUGCAGCACGUUGACGCUGUCAACCGGGCGGGCAACCUGACAUACACGCUCGGGCUCAACCAGUUCUCCGAUCUCACCGACCACGAGUUCCUGGAGGCGCACCUCGGGUACCGUUACCAGCUUCGUCCUGAGGGCCAAACCGACGACGAGUUCCUGAAGGGCAACACGCCGGUGGCACCGGUGAACAUGUCCAAGGCUCCCGCUCUGAGGAAUGGCCAGUUCCGGUACAUGCCGGACAGCGUGGACUGGAGGACCCAGGGUGCUGUCACCGAAGUCAAGAACCAACGCUUCUGCGGAAGUUGCUGGGCGUUCGCGGCGGUGGCGGCGACGGAGGGGCUUGUAAAGAUCGGCACCGGCAACCUCAUCUCGAUGUCGGAGCAACAGGUCCUCGACUGCACGGGCGGCACCAACACCUGCAGCGGCGGAGACAUCAACGCCGCACUCCGCUAUGUCGCCGCCAGCGGCGGCCUACAGCCAGAGGCGGCCUACGCGUAUAGCGGCCAGCAGGGCGCGUGCCGCAGCGGCGGCGUCAGGCCAAACUCGGCCGCCUCCGUCGGCGCCCCACGGUGGGCGCGCCUAUACGGCGACGAGGGCGCGUUGCAGGAGCUCGCGGCCAGCCAGCCGGUGGCCGUGGCCUUGGAGGCCACGGACCCGGACUUCCGGCACUACAGGAGCGGCGUGUACGCCGGCAGCUCGUCGUGCGGGCAGAGGCUCAACCACGCUGUGACGGUGGUCGGCUACGGGGCGGACGGCGGCGGGCAGCAGUACUGGGUGUUGAAGAACCAGUGGGGAACGGGGUGGGGCGAGGGGGGCUACAUGCGCGUCGCGCGCGGGAACGGCGCCAACUGCGGCAUCGCAACCUACGCCUACUACCCGACCAUGGACAGCUAGCUAAUUAAACACCACACUAGCUAGUGACUAGUCGGUGGAUCAUCGAACAUAGUUUAUCAGCUAGCCACAGUACCAUGCAACUGCAUAUAAGUAUAUGGAUUCUAAACAACGAAAUUUGAAGGGACAGACUACACGUCAA